AUGCGCGUUCUCGUGACUGGAGCUUCUGGUCUUCUCGGUCGGGCUGUCUUCGCCGCUUUCAAGGAUGCAGGGCACCACGUCACGGGAACCGCCUACAGCCGCGCUUCGGGUGACCUGGUCAAGCUCGACUUGCAAGACGAGAAGGCCGUUGAGCAGUUCUUUGCCGACUUCAAGCCCGACUGCGUGGUGCACUGUGCGGCUGAGAGACGACCAGAUGCUGUAGAGGCGGACCCCGAAGCUGCGAAGAAGCUCAACAUCGCCGUUCCCGCUCACCUAUCAGCGCUCUCCCGCUCUUCCGCCCAUCCCUUUGCGCUCAUCUACAUCUCAACGGACUAUGUGUUCGAUGGCCACGCCCCGUCAACGGGCUAUGAGCCUGAUGCAAAGACUGGACCAACGAAUGCCUACGGGGAAAGUAAGUUGGCGGGCGAAGAGGCGGUUCUCGAGGGGCUCAAGCAGGGUGGAAAGGGCUGCGUCUUGCGGGUCCCGGUCCUGUACGGCAAGGCAGAGAAGCACUCGGAGUCUGCGAUCAACAUCCUCGUCGACUCUGUCCGCAAGGCUGCUGCCGGCCAGUUAGUCAAGAUGGACGACUGGGCGACUCGAUACCCGACGAACGUGACCGAUAUCGCCCGCGUUCUUGUCGACCUCGCCGCCAGGUCCGCCUCGACCCAGCUCCCUCACAUUCUGCACUUCUCCGCUCAGCAACUCUAUACCAAGUACACAAUCUCUCGGCUUUUCGCUGAGCUGCACAACCCCCCUCUCAAGCUUGGCGACAACCUUGUGCGGGUAACGGAGGGACCGAAGCCAGGCGAGACCGUCCGCCCGAAGGACUGCCACCUCUCGAAUCGGGCCAUCGAAGCACUCGGUAUCGACACGCGCACGGUCGACUUCGAGCAAUGGUGGACCGAGUACCUUCGCCGCGAGCAGGCGUAG